UGGCUUUCAUAGCUAUAGUCACACUUUCGUAGUCUGCAACUACAUACCAUACUUAUACAUGUCAUCAUCAUCACUACAUACACCACCACACACAUAUACACAUAUAAUCAACUUUCCACGCCUGUGGAUAUCUCACACUACAUCAGAAGCUAGUAUGCACAUGAAAAACGUUCUCAAAACAUUUUUACAAAAAGGUGUGGAUCACUGGCCAAAAUCCCGAGUAGUAGUCCAAGCACAGAAUAGUUGAAGACCAUACCUCAUCCUGGCUUCAACUCUAGCUCCUCUCCCACCUAACACUUAUCUACUGCUGCUACUGAUG